AGUCUUAGCGACCUUCUAAAAAUUAGUAAUGUAAAGGAGCUGUGACCAAUGUUGUUUAUGUUAUUUAAAAGUUCUUUCGUCUAAAUUGCGUCAUAAGUUUAAAGCAAACGCCAUGAUGGGUACGCGGCUGCAACUCGUCUUUCCAGUUUGCCUUAUUGCAGUUCUUGUAUUUUUAAUGACCGGGUCUACAGGUGUCUUCAUUUCGAACCUGUCAGCAGCGUGUUACCGCUGUCUGUGUCACGUAUCCACACAAUGUGACACUUCAAAUGAAUGCUCUGGAGGCUACUGCGGGCCUUAUAACAUAUCCAGAGUGUAUUGGAUAGAUGCUGGCAAAGUUGUCCUGCCUGAAGACGAUCCGGAAAGGAAUCAUGCAUGGCAAGACUGCGCUAGAAGUUACCAUUGCGCCAUGAAAAUCAUCGAGGGCUACCUUCAAAAAUUUGGAAAGGACUGCAACAGCGACGGUGUAACGGAUUGCUACGAUUACAUGAUGGUGAACGGGAAUGGAGGUUACGGGUGUACUCAACCGCUCAACCGAACUGCGAACGGGCGGAGGUGGCUGCAGCGUUAUGAACAGUGCCGACAUUCUCUAUAAUAGAUUUGAUAACUUAUGAAUGAAUGUCAGAAUAGAUGGAAAAUUGUCUUAUGUAUUAAGUAGGUGGUUACUUGACAAAGCAUGACAAGUAAACGGGUUGGUUUGAAGGACGCAAUUGUAACAGCGCAUCAACACUGCAUUCGUAAUAACCCCGCUGACAAUAUCGUAAAAUACACGUUUAUGAAGGCUGACGCUGUGCCGAAGGUGUGAUCCUACCUUAACUCAGUUGAUGAUCAUAAUUAAAAGAUAGCUUCAACGGUUUUGUUUUGUUCUUAAUGUUGUUUAUUAUUACAAGUAAAAAACAUAACACCUCUCCAAGCAAAUCGUUGAAUUUCGCUACCCAAUAGCUAUAAAUGAAGAGUUGAGAAUAUAAUCUUUGCUUAUCUGUAAUAAACUUGUUAAAACAUAAACACGAUUACAUAGAGUCCAAAGCAGGAAUGAGUGAAUGAAUGAAAUAUUCUUUAUUGGCACAUUAAAAAAUAAUAGUAGAUUGUACAACAAGUGCAUAAAACGCGUCAUUUUGCCCGAGACGAGU